AUGGCAUUGAAGCUUAUCAAGGAUGCUGACGUAAUGACAGUUAUGGUUCACUUGCACAAUGCCAUGCAACAGCUGCAGAAGCUCAAGACACCGUGGGUUGACAUGGAAACAUUUGAAAAGUGCUUUGAGGCGCGCGAUUUAUUUUUCGCGACCAAGCCAGUGAGACGUAAAGAUUUCAUGACGCCCGUCUUGAUCCAGCUUGGCUUUCCACCGUCUGCUUUGAAAAAUCACAAAGGAUUCAAGCGCAGGGAACCACGGGAACUAUUUAAAUCAUUCAUCCCUGAAAUUCAGGGUGUAGCUCCGGUGUCGAUGAUAUUCGCUGGAAUAGUUCAUCAACGUCCCAUCUUAGACUUAUCAUGGGAUGAGUUGGCCUACGUCCUAUCUGCUAGCCUAUACAAGGAGGUGACCGAUGAUGACGGUACGCACGCUCUUGUCUCUCUCGACUCGGAAGAGAGAAAGCAAGUGAAGAAUCGCUUCACAAAACCCAAGUCGAAAGACCGGCAACAGUCAGCGCCGCAUUCCCCUGACCAACUACUGAGACAAUUUGCAUUAGCUUUGGCCGGAGAGUCGAGGGAGCUCGCAUUUCCCUACAUGGAAAAGCACAAUCUUUGCCUUUUGCUGUUUAGCAAUAUCAGCGAUCGAUGCGCCUCGACACUGGAUGCCCUGGACUUAAGGAUUGAUCCCCUUGGACAGACGCUUAGUGUCGUGCUCAGAAUCGUUUCGCUAGCCAGCACGAAGCAUGAGGUUGUAACUCUUCGUGAGGCAGCGGGUGUGAUUGGGGAACAUAUUAACGCCAAUCCAGCGAUUGUGACUGAGAAAAUCGCAAAUGUUGGCGCUUUUGGUUCGAUACCCAUGCCAAGCUUCGAGCUGUACAAGAUCCCUCGCACAAUGUUUGUCAAGGUCAGCGCAGAUACAAGACCUGUGGAUGAGGUUAUCGUCAUUCCUUUCCAAGGAAGCGAUUCAUCCCCUGGAGAAAUGGAAGAAAUAAUAAGGUCCCGCAGGGGCAUUCGCAUGUCGAUCCCCCUGGCACACCUCAUCAUAAAGUUGGUGAGGAUAGCCAGAGUUCUGUGA